CUGCUGAGACGUUUCGCCUGGAGGCUGGAACAACUCGUCCACUCGCUGCCCCGCCCCCCUUCCCUCCUCUUCCGCUGACCUCAACGUCCUCCUCGUCGCCGCUGUUUCCGGCCCACCGCGCCGUCCCGUCAGCCAUGGAGGAGUAUCUGGAGAACAUGAAGUCCCUCCGCUCCUACAUGAACGAUCUGGAGGAGGACGCCGCGAAGCGGUCCGCGGAAGAGCAGCAGCAGCGCACAGCCAUCGACGCCCACGACGCCGACAUCGCGCUAGUGAGGGCGCAGUCAAAGCAGGCGAGCGAGGAGGCCGAGCAGCUGGCCACAGCAAGGGCGCAGGUAUGCGUGGAGAUGUUGGAGAAGCAGGGCAGGAUCGCUACGCUGGAUGUCGAGUGCGCCACGCUGAAGCAGACCUUGGAGCUCCUCCAUCAGGAAAUUGCGAGUACAUCUGCCAAACUCAAUGAGAAGAGACUGUUCUACACAAAAACAACAGAAACCUUGACUGUCAAACUACAGGAGCAACGGGAAUGGUUUGGUUCAUUGAAGAAUAAGAGUACUACAAUGGAGCUACAUGUUGUCACAUCUCAGUGCAAGCAAACCUUCAUUGAAGGGGAGAGGCAUGGAACCUUCAACUCGGAAGGGAGCCUGGAUCAGUUGGGAAGUGAUGUUGGGAACAAGCACAGGGAACUCUUCACCCAACUGGAGGCAGCUCAGCUCAAGAUAGAAGACAUCAAUUCAAAAAGAUCAAGGCUUCUUUCAGAAAUCAGCAAAGUCAAACAGAUUCUAGAGCAGGAGAAAAACAUAUUUGCUGGCUUUCCUGCUGCGCUACAGCAGAUGGAUAUGAAGUCAUUGGAGGAGGAAUAUAAAGCUCUGCAAGGUGAUAAAGCUGUAGAAAUUGAGUACUUCCACUCUCUUGAAGAAACUAUUAGCGGAAUGAAGGGCAUUUCUGAACCUGUUAAAUGCUGUUGUGGCCUGGAGUAGAAGGUAGAACUGGGUGGUGAAACCAUGGAUCUAAGCUAAACUUUUACAAUUGAUAGGUAUGAGAAACAUUAGCUGAUAAUGUACGAGACUACGAAGGUCAAAGAUUCCUGUUGCACCUUGGAGGGCAAUGAGUAUCUGGAGCUUCAUUAGACCCUACUAUACCAUAGUUUUCAUUCUUCCUUUCCCAUGCUUUUGCUCUACUAAUAGCAGGGAGACAUUAUUCGGGUCCACACUGGACUCUGGUUUCAUUUGGUUGCAAGUGUGGUGCACAGUAUUGUGUUUGCACCCCGUGAUCAACCGGGAGUGAGAUUCAUAGGUAGGGAUCGAAAGAGAGGGCAGGAGGCAGGUCCUCCCUAUGUGGCUUGGCAAUUUGCAUGGCAGAUUUUGAAUUUGAUCAAAUUUUCAAGAAAUUUA